UAUAUGUGUUAGUGCUGUAUACGACGUGUGACGCAGUAAACAAAAUUGGAAUGUUUUGAUAGUAAAAAGAUAAUAAAGCGAUUCCUGCUACUAAAAGUUGAUGAGACUCGAGAAUGUUUCGGUGGAGGUGAUACUUAGUAACUUGAGUAAAAGAUAGCAUCGCGAAAAUGACUCCAAAACGAAAGGCAAGUGCACUUAUAGGUUAUGAGACGACCAGUUCUGAAUCUUCGUCGACAAGCAGCUCAGGUUCUUCAUCAAGCAGUUCCUCAAGUUCAGGUAGCGAGUCCAGUUCAUCUGACUCUGAGAACUCUAGUAGUUCUGCCAACAGCCAAAAGAUAUCUGACACUGAUCGAUCCAAGAAGAAGCCACCAUUUCCAGUUACCCGUCAUAUCAGGUCUAAAACUGAGACGGUUUCUGUACAACCUCUGGAGAAAAAUAAAGAUAGACAACCACCAAAGCCUAGACCUGUGGUGUAUUCUUCUGAAUCUGAAGAGUCACCCAGCAAAGCAAAGUUGCCACAAAAAAGAAAGUCACCGGCUAAACCAAAAGCUACUGCUACAGUAGCACCAGUUGUUAAAACACAGAGACUGCCUGCAAAAUUGACAUCUGCACCAGGACAACAUAAAGCAGCACCUGUUUCGAAACCAGUUAACAGCAAACCGAACAAAUUUUCUGGUACCACAAGUGCCAAUGGAAAAGCUACUGAAAAAUCUGGAAAGACAUCAGAACCGGUACAGAAAAGAUUAAAGAAAAAGAGCAUAUUCAGUCCUGAAAAUAGCAGCGAAAGUGAAAGCGAGGAAAGAGUCACUGCAAAAGUUAGUGCGGUAAAACCAACGAGCAGUUCUGUAAAAUGCUCGAAAAAUCCACCAGCUAAAUCGAAGAUAAAUGAUACUAAACAAAAACCUGCGGUAGUGAGCAGACCUGUUGCAAAACCCACGCAACAACUACAGAGGUCCGAUAGCUCUGCGAGUUCAAAAAGUUCGGCAUCCUCGGCUAGCUCGGAUAGCAGCUCCGACUCGGAAUCGUCCGAGAGUAUCACCAGCACUCAACCUUCACCGAAGAAGAAGGAGACGCAAGCAAACAGUACGUUGACGAAUACUGUAACGAGUGUGCCACUUAAGAGGCCUUCGGCAACGGUCGCUCCAGUAAAAGCUCAGAAAUGUACGAAACGACAAGGUCCUAUUAAGAGCGACGAUGACGGAGAUGCGUCCGCAAGCGACAAGGAAGUGGAUGAUCACGGUGAGACAUGUACCUCGAAAUCACCGACUAAGGGCAAGCGAAAAUUGCAGACACGCAAAGGAAGUAAAUUACUCCAAUUGCAAACGAAAGCAGCCAGCGACUCCGAAUCUGAUACAGAGAGCAAGAGGAGUGCCAGCAAGUCGCCUGUUAAACGUGCCGGAUCGUCCACGGGUCCCAGACAGUCCUCGGCUGCUAGCAGAUCAACCCAGAGUAGCGGUGCCACCGCUAAUACCAAUAACAGAACGAAUCAAGCUCCUUACAAUCGGGCACGUGCGACAAAAGAGCGGGAAUGUCCGUUAGCUAUAGCUUGCGACUCACACGGCCAUCUCUCUGGCAAGCUCGACUCGCACUUUACUCUGGAUGCGUGUCCGUUGUAUCAUAACACAACGUCGCAUAGUUGCGUAGAGUUUCACAAAGAGAGAAAGAAACGGGAAGAUGAGCGGAAGAAGGCGGUCGCGAAUUUAGCUAAGAAAUCACCUAAAGGUGUCCAUCAGACAACUGAACAACGCAAUUAUCAGCUUAAAGUGCAAGAGAUGAGGAAGAAAUGGAAGGUUGCUGAUGGUCACGCCAGCGAUAGCGGCGGUGAAAUGCAUGGAAACGAGAAGGAUAGGCAGCCUCGGCUAAAUAACCUCACACCUGAUUACGACUUGAAACUAUUCAUGGAGGCUCAGGCGAUAGCGAGUGAAAAGAUUGAGAAGGAACUAAAAGAGUUGGAUUACGACGGCGAAGGUAGAAAUGGCGGCGGCACGCGAGUCGUGGAAAUGGGAAAAUGGGAAAUGGAAGUUUUGUACCAGAGCCCGUAUCCCGAGGAAUUUAGUCGUGCCCCGAAGCUGUACCUUUGCGAGUAUUGCUUUAGGUACGCGAAAAGCCGUCAAGUAUUAAGGAGACACAAGGAGAAAUGUCUGUGGAGGCAUCCACCGGGACAUGAAGUAUAUAGGAAGGAUAAGAUAGGCGUAUGGGAAGUGGACGGCAAACGAUACAAGCAGUAUUGUCAGAAUCUCUGUUUGCUAGCGAAAUUCUUCUUGGAUCAUAAAACGUUGUACUAUGACGUGGAGCCAUUCCUCUUCUACGUCAUGACCAUCGGCGAUUCCGAGGGCUGUCACACAGUCGGAUACUUCAGCAAAGAGAAAAACUCUUUCUUGAAUUACAACGUGUCCUGCAUCCUGACGCUACCACCUUACCAGAGACAGGGCUAUGGUCGGCUUCUUAUAGAUUUCAGUUACUUGCUGACGAGAGUCGAGAAGAAGAUCGGUUCGCCGGAAAAGCCGCUGUCGGAUCUGGGCCUGAUCUCGUAUCGCAGCUACUGGAAGGACGUUCUGCUGCAGUACCUCUGCAAUUUCGGCGGCAAGGAACUCUCCGUCAAAGAUAUCAGCAAGGAAAUGGCCAUCGACUCGUACGACAUCGUCAGCACUUUGCAGGCCCUCGGUAUGAUGAAGUACUGGAAGGGCAAGCAUAUCAUUCUGAAGAAACAGGACGUGAUCGACGACUACAAGGAGAGGGUGAAGAGACGGGGCCCCGUCUACAAAGAGAUCGAUCCGGAGUGUCUGAAAUGGAACCCCUUCCAACAGCCCAAGACGCCCUCCGCCUCGAACUAAGGCCUGCGGAAGCCUGGAACGACGCCGCCACCCUCCGCCUCUACCUCCGCUCUUGUCGAGACUCGGCUCCGAACGACGGUCGAUCCUCGCCUACCUCCUUGUCGUCGUUACCGUCGCCACCUUCGCAGUCGACGUCGUCGUCGCCGCCGCCGCC